CCGACCAAUUAUCCUCGGAUUUUCUCUCCGGCGGUCUCCGCUCUCCCAUGAAAGCCAACGGCGAACAUCUCAAAACAUCGGAGCUGAAGAUGAAGCCUAUCUCACCGGGACCUGCAACUCAAUUUCACACAGCAACUUAAAACAUGUCGAAAACGAUGAUAAACAGAAACCGGCAUUUCAUCAAACACCUUGCGGGCACAAUGCGUUUUUCUUCCUCCCUCUCGUCGUCUCAAGUUCCUUCUCUUACAACCACAACCAGAAACCCACACCAAUUCUACACAUCACUCUUCUGCACCCUCAUCCACCUCUUCCUCAGGUGCCGCCGCCUCUCCAGCGCCGCAGCCGCUUUCUCCGCCAUGAGAGAUUUCAAAUACACACCGGAAUUAGCCACUUGGAACAGCCUCCUGCACCACUUCAACUCUGCGGGGUUGAUCCAUCAGGUAAUGGUUAUCUAUCAAGAAAUGAUUUUUUCCGGCGUGGGACUCAAUGUAGCUACCAAGAACAUAGUCGUUCACUCCCUUUCAAAAGUUGGAGAAUUCGAUAGGGCGCUUGAUUUGUUACGAGAUAACAAUGAUUACGAAUUCAUGAGUGAUGGAGUUACUUAUAAUACUGUAAUUUGGGGGUUUUGUAAAUAUGGGCAUGUCGAAAUCGGGGCUCGGUUUGGUGUCGGAGAUGAUCAGAGAGGUGUAGAUUGUGAUAGUUUUACUUGUAAUAUAUUAACAAAAGGAUUCUGCGAAAAGGUUCGUUGGAAAAUGCUAAAUCGGUUAUGGAAACUACCCGAUAUUAUUACCUACAACACUUUGAUCAACGGUUUCUGUGAGAUGGGAGAUUUCGAUAGUGCCAAGAAUCUCAUGGAUAAUCUCUUAGAUUCCGAUAAUGAUUCGGGAUAUGAUAAAGCAAAUCAUAUCACGUAUACUAGUUUGAUCAGCGGAUAUUGCAAGCAACACCAAAUCGAAGAAGCAUUGGCUGUGUAUAAAGAAAUGAUUGCCAAUGGAAUUGAAUAUGAUGUAGUUACACACAGUUGCAUAAUUAACGGACUUCUUAAGAGUGGGAAGUUAGCUGAGGCUGAAAACCUAUUCCUCGAGAUGGUACGAAUUGGUGUCGAUCCGAACCAUGUUACCUAUACAAAUUUUGUUGAUUUUUUCCUUAAAAAUCGUAAUGUGAUGGCAGCUUUUAGCCUACAAAGUCAGAUGGUGGUUCGUGGGAUUAAAUUCGAUGUGGUGGUGUUUACUGCAUUGAUCGAUGGACUCUUUAAGAAUCGGAGGGCGAAAGAGGCUGAGGAUAUGUUUGGCAAUCUUUUAGAGUAUAAUUUAGUGCCGAAUUGCACCACGUAUUCUGCGUUGAUCGACGGUCUCUGUAAAAUAGGUGAUAUGAAGGGUGUGGGGUCCGUACUGCAGCAAAUGGCGGAGAAAAAUGUUCUGCCGAAUGUGGUAACUUAUUCUUCGGUAAUUAAUGGUUAUGUGAAAAGUGGAAUGCUCGAGGAAGCUAUUAAUGUACUGUGGAAAAUGAUAUGCGAAAAUGUUACGCCAAAUGCUUUCACCUACGGUUCGUUGAUAGAUGGUUGUUUGAAAGCUGGUAAAAAGGAAACUGCUGCAGGUCUUUAUGAGGAUAUGAAAAAACGAGGGGUGGAAAAUAAUAUUUUUAUAUUAGAUGCUUUUACGAACAAUCUGAAGAAGGAAGGAAUGAUGGAUGAGGCAGAGGCGUUGUUUCAAGAUUCGAUUUUUAAUGGAUUGUUGCCCGACCGUGUUAACUACACAAACUUGAUGGAUGGACUUUUCAAAGCGGGUAAACAAUCUUCGGCCCUUAAAGUCGCGGAAGAAAUCACAGCUAAAAAUAUCGGGUUCGAUAUUGUUACGUUCAAUGCUUUGCUUAACGGGUUGCUUAAACUCGGCCAAUACGACGUGCAGUCUAUUUAUACGGGGCUGCAGAAAUUCGAUUUGGCUCCGGAUCAUGCCACAUUUAAUACGUUAAUCAAGGCGUACUGCAGAGAAGGGAAAUUGGACGACGCUCUGAAGAUUUGGAAUGAAAUGAAAAGUUACGGAUUAAAGCCUAAUUCAAUAACUUGUAAUAUUUUGACUGAAGGGCUCUGUGAGUCGGGUGAAGUCGAUAAGGCGAUGGUAUUGUUGAACGAGUUGUCGAUUUCCGGGUUUUAUCCAACGGCAAUUAUUCACAAAAUGGUGCUUAAAGCUGCUUCAGAGACUAAAAGGGCUGAUGUUAUUUUGUCGAUGCACGAAAAGCUUGUGUCGAUGGGGCUUAACUUGAAUCUCGACGUGUAUCAAAACCUUAUCAAUGUUUUAUGUGGACUAAAAAUGACGAGAAAAGCAACGUCUGUAUUACAAGAAAUGAGAGAAGCUGGCUUUCUUGCAGAUACUGUUACUUACAACGCGCUGAUUCGUGGACACUGUCGAAGCUCUCACUUAGACAAGGCUUUUAUGCUGUAUUCUUGUAUGUUGACCGAACGAGUUUCUCCUAAUAUUACAACGUACAACAUUCUCCUAGGCGGAUCUACGGAAUCUAGGUCAAUGGAUAAAGUGACUGAAAUCCUCUCGGAAAUGAAAGAGAAGGGCUUUAUUCCAAACAGCACAACGUACGACGUUUUGGUUUCUGGGUACGGAAAAAUCGGGAACAAGAAGGAAUCCAUAAGGCUUUACUGUGAAAUGAUAACGAAAGGGUUCGUGCCUCGGCUCAGCACCUACAACUUACUUGUAAAUGAUUUUGCCAAAGUCGGGAAAAUGAAACAGGCGAUGGAGCUUUUGAACGAAAUGCAAAGUAGAGGAGUGCCGCCGAAUUCCUCGACUUACGACAUGCUUAUAAGUGGGUGGUGUCACUUAUCGUAUCAAGAAAGGUCGAUGAAGAAGUUGUAUCAAGCGGAGGCGAGGAGGCUGUUUAAAGAGAUGGCGGAUAAAGGGUUUACGCCGAGUGAGAAUAGUAUAAAUCAGCUGAGUUCUGUACUUGCGAAACCGGGAAAAGCGGCCGAUGCUCAGAGGAUAAUGGAUAAAAUAUAUAAAACAAAGAGAGGCUGACAGAAAGAUCGACAUUUUUCCGUUUGUGAAAUGAAACACAAAUGAGCUAUAUGGAGUGAAUGAACUCGAGAUGAUGACACUUUAUUAGUCGGAAAAGCAAGAAUUCAUUCAGUAGCAGGGAUCUUGAAUUGAGAGUGAAGCCUUUGAGAGAGAGAGAGAGAGA